AAAAACAUAUUGGUGCAUUCAAGACAACUGGGAACUCGGAAAGAGCGGCAGUCAUCUUCAAAUUGGAAAUCGGAGUUCAAGCAAGGGGCCCGAGGUCCCGGCUUGGAAUUCUGAGUUGGAUGACCGUUCAAAACGAUUUUUCUCAAGCGGAGCUCGUUCCCAGUUGUCUUGAACUUACUGAAGUCGGAAACCUCCAGUUGGUUUGAACGCGGCAUAACUGCAGCGAACAAGUCAUUGGAAAGGUCGUGCCAGACAGAAAUGUAGCUUGUCCACAUGACAAAAACGUGGGUCACUAAAACGUUUUAAAAUAUGAUGUGAUUACUUCAAGUAUGUGCCUUUUGGAUUCCGGGAUUAGAUUUUACUGUAGCAUGAUACCGUACGCGUUCUGUUGAAUAACAUCUGAAUAAUCAAGUAGCUGACGUUAACUUCUAGCUAAAUUCACAGAAUAACUAGAUAAACAUGAGUCCUGUUGCUUCAAAUCAAGAGACAGCUGCAACAGGACUUCCUGCUCCUGGUUCUUCGGGAUCCCCUGGAAGUAGCACACCUUUCUCCAUAACUGAAUAUAUCCAGCAAGUCUACAGCCAUGUCAAAAUAGAGAAUUUGGUUGCAGGACUCAGUGGAGGAGUCGUGUCAACACUGGUGCUUCACCCUCUUGACCUAGUCAAAAUCAGGUUUGCAGUGAGUGAUGGACUGGACUUGAGACCAAAAUAUAAUGGCAUUAUCCAUUGUUUGAAAAAUGUGUGGCAGCAGGAGGGGGUCCGAGGACUCUACCAAGGAGUCACCCCAAACAUCUGGGGUGCUGGGGCAUCAUGGGGCCUCUACUUCUUCUUUUACAAUGCCAUCAAGGCGUACACUAAGGAAGGCCGUCAUUCUGAACUGAGUGCCACAGAACACCUGCUGUCAGCCACCCAAGCAGGUGUAUUGACUCUCACCCUAACCAACCCUAUCUGGGUGACUAAGACUCGCCUGGUGCUGCAGUAUAACGCUGAUCCCACCAGGAAACAGUAUAAAGGGAUGAUAGAUGCACUGGUGAAGAUCUACCGGCAUGAGGGGAUACCUGGACUGUACAGGGGGUAUGUUCCUGGUUUGUUUGGCACAUCACACGGGGCAUUGCAGUUCAUGGCCUAUGAGGAGCUGAAGAGAGACUACAACAAAUACAAGAAAAUGCAUUCAGAAGCUAAACUGAAUGCAUUGGAAUACAUCACAAUGGCAGCUCUAUCCAAAAUAUUUGCUGUGGCUACCACAUACCCUUACCAGGUGGUGCGGGCUCGCCUGCAGGACCAGCAUAAUAAGUACAAUGGAGUCCUGGAUGUGGUCAGGAGGACAUGGAGGAAUGAGGGAGCUGUAGGGUUCUAUAAAGGCAUGGUGCCCAACCUGAUCCGUGUCACCCCAGCAUGCUGUAUCACCUUCGUGGUCUAUGAGAACAUGUCUCGCUUCCUGAUGGGCCAGAAGUGAGGAGGACUAAGGAGACAGCCAUGGAAGGACCACAAAUAGGAAGGGACUCAGACAGUGUAUGUGGUGCUAGAUAAGAUAAGCCAGGGGUGUCAAACUCAUUCCACGGGGGGCCUAGUGUCUGCAGGUUUUUGGUUUUUCCUUUCAAUAAAGCCCUAGACAACCAGGUGUGGGGAGUUUCUAACUAAUUAGUGAUGUUAAUUCAUCAAUCAAGUACAAGGGAGGAGCGAAAACCCGCAGACACUCGGCCCUCCGUGGAAUGAGUUUGACACCUGUGAGAUAAGCCAUGAACUGAAGUCUCCAGAACUGUCACAGAAGGUAACUGGACAACUGGAGCGGACAUAUCACCUGGAUACACUUCUGGCAGCCGAGUCAAAACAACCAUAAAGUAACUCCUAAAGCAUGUGGUGGAAUUAGAUCUUAUUACCACUAUGAAAAACCAGGACUCGCGUCUAUUGUAUGCAAUUGAGGUUUGGCAUUCUCAGAGACAUGAUGUUGACAAUGCUGGUAAUUAAAGACUGGUCUCUCUGUCUCUUGGAUGCAUCACAGAAGAACAGACCUCACUGGAGGUACUGUACAGGAUGUGGGUGUGAAACAUCAAAGAAAAAAUCAACCAUUCUUUCAAUGCUGCUGGCUGUGGUGUGUGUUAAAGAGCAUACCUGCUAUUUUCAGGGUACUAAUGUACCCCCAAUUUGUUUUAAUUUAACUUAUUGGCAUCAUACUGUAGUGCAUGUAAACCUUCAUGUUGAUUAUGUCAGGAAAUGAUCACAGAAGACUGAUUGCACUGUUCAACAUCUUUGAAAUAUUGUUAAUUUCAGAAGUCUUCAUCUGAAAUAUCAGUGUUGAAUUGGCAUUAGUCCAUUUCUUUCAGGUAAAAUAUUCUAUUCAAGUUUCAACCUUUGUUGCUUUUGUAUUUGUUAGCUUUUUUUUGUUUCAGAUUACAUUUUACAGCUGUUCUGUGUUCACGUGUCAUUUGGAAAAAGGGAUCAGCACAUGCAUUUCUUUAUGAUUUCACCUGGUGUUAUGAUUUUUAUGAAUAAUGACUAAAUGAUGUAUACAUUUAACGUAGAACUAUAACUAACAGAAUUCUACCCUGUCAUUGUAUGAUUGUAUGAAAUGUAUUAAAAUCAUAAAUCUAUAAA